AGCACGUGUAAUGAUGGGCUUUGCCUUUAUUCCUUUGUGCAAACUUUUGCUUCCAGCCACCAAAGCCAGAGGGAAAACCAAGCUGCUGCUAUUGACAGUACAACCCGAAGGAGGUGGGGCCAUCCCCAGGGAGCCUCUGGGGCUUGCUGACAUCCAUGACUACCAGCUGCAGGCUCCGGCCCACUCCUCAUCCCCUGCUGGGGCCCCCCAGGAGCGGUGGCACCCCCUGGAGGAGCGACUGGGAAGGCUGGAGGCUGAGGUCACGGAGCUCAGAGAACAGAGCAAAGACCUGCAGGGGAGGGUGAGGCAGCUGGAGUCCUCUGAAUGCCACCCGGCUUCGCCCCAGUGCUGGGGGCUGGAUCGCGCCUGUCCCGAGGGGGCUCGCUGGGAGCCUGAUGCCUGCACAGCCUGUGUCUGCCAGGACGGGGCUGCACGCUGUGUCCCCCAGCCUGGGCUGCCCCAUUGCCAUGGCUGCAGCCACAAUGGUCAGGCCUAUGGCAAUGGGGAGACCUUCACCACAGAUGCCUGUACCACCUGCCGCUGCCUGGAAGGAGCCAUAACCUGCACCCAGAAGCCAUGCCCAAGAGGACCCUGCCCGGAGCCGGGAGCGUGCUGCCCGCACUGCGAGCCCGGCUGUACUGGAGGCCACAGGAGUGGGGAAACGUGGCAACUGGAGCCCUGUGUCAUCUGUACCUGUCAGGCAGGGACGGUGCAGUGCCAGGGGCCCUCAUGCUCAGAGCUCAACUGCCUGGAGAGCUACACCCCACCUGCUGAGUGCUGCCCCAUCUGCCGGCCAGGCUGUGAGUAUGAGGGGCAGCUUUAUGAGGAGGGGGCCAACUUCCUGUCCAGCUCCAACCCUUGUCUCCAAUGCUCCUGCCUGAAGAGCCUGGUUCGCUGUGUGCCCAUGAAGUGCCCGCCCAUCCCCUGUCCUGAACCAGUCCUGAGGCCCGGGCACUGCUGCCCGACCUGCCAAGCCCAAGGCUGCACGGAAGGUGGUUCUCACUGGGAGCAUGGCCAAGAGUGGACCACACCUGGGGACCCCUGCCGGAUCUGCCAGUGCCUGGAGGGCCACAUCCGGUGCCACCAGCAAGAAUGUGCCAGCCUGUGCCCUUACCCUGCCCGGCCCCUCCCAGGCACCUGCUGCCCUGUGUGCGAUGGCUGUUUCCUAAACGGGCGAGAGCACCGCCGCGGGGAGCCCGUGGGCUCUGGGGACCCCUGCUUCCACUGCCCUUGUGUCAACGGGAGUGUCCACUGUGAGCCUCUGCCCUGCCCACCGACGCCCUGCAGACACCCAGGCAGGAUCCCUGGGAAGUGCUGCCCAGUCUGUGACAGCUGUGAGUACCAGGGACACCAGUAUCAGAGCCAGGAGACCUUUAGACUCCAAGAGAGUGGCCGCUGUGUCCGCUGCUCCUGCCAGGCCGGCGAGGUCUCCUGUGAGGAGCAGGAGUGCCCGGGCGCUCCCUGCACCCUGUCUGACUCUGGCCCUCAGCUCUGCCCAGCCUGCGUGCUUGGUGGAGAGGAGUUUGCUGAGGGGGUCCAGUGGGAGCCUGAUGGUCAGCCCUGCACAACCUGUUCCUGUCAAGCUGGGGUGCCCGUGUGCAGGGCUUUGCUCUGCUCCCCAGCCCCCUGCCAGCACCCCACCAAGCCCCCCGGUGCCUGCUGCCCCAGCUGUGAGAGCUGCACCUACCACGGCCAAGUGUACUCCAACGGGCAGAAUUUCACAGAUGCAGACAGCCCUUGCCACACCUGCCACUGUGAGGAUGGGACCGUGACAUGCUCCUUGGUCAACUGCCCUCCCACAACCUGUGCCAGGCCCCAGAGUGGACCCGGCCAGUGCUGCCCCAGAUGCCCAGACUGCAUCCUGGAGAAGCAAGUGUUUAUGGAUGGCCAGAGCUUCUCCCACCCCCGAGACCCCUGCCAGGAAUGCCAGUGCCGGGAAGGCCAUGCCCACUGCCAACCUCGGGCCUGCCCCAGGGCCUCCUGUGCUCACCCGCUGCCUGGUCCCUGUUGCCAGAACAACUGCAAUGGCUGUGCCUUUGGUGGAAAAGAGUACCCCAACGGAGCAGACUUCCCCCACCCCUCCGACCCCUGCCGCCUGUGUCACUGUCUGAGCGGCCACGUGCAGUGCCCGGCCCGCCGCUGCCCGCCCUUGCGCUGUCCAGAGCCGCUCCUGUUGCCAGGAGAGUGCUGCCCGCAGUGCGCGGCCACCCCCUCUGGCUGCCCUCGGCCCGGGGGCGGGGUCCCCGUCCGCCACCAGGAGCACUUCUCCCAGCCCGACGACCCCUGCCGCCGCUGCCUCUGCCUCGACGGCUCCGUGUCCUGCCAGCGGCUGCCCUGCCCACCAGCGCCCUGCGCCCACCCGCGCCAGGGGCCCUGUUGCCCCUCCUGUGACGGCUGCCUGUACCAGGGGAAGGAGUUCGCCAGCGGCGAGCGCUUCCCUUCGCCCACUGCCCGGUGCCACGUCUGCCUCUGCUGGGAGGGCAGCGUCAGCUGCGAGCCCAGGACCUGUGCCCCAGCACAGUGCCCCUUCCCUGCCAGGGGUGACUGCUGCCCUACCUGUGAUGGCUGUGAGUACCUAGGGGAGUCCUACCUGAGCAGCCAGGAUUUUCUGGAUCCCCGAGAGCCCUGCAAUCUGUGUACCUGUCUCGGAGGCUUUGUGACCUGCAGCCGCCGGCCCUGUGAGCCUCUGGGCUGCAGCCACCCACUCACCCCGUCUGGGCACUGCUGCCCGACCUGCCAGGGAUGCCUCUAUCAUGGGGUCACCGCUGCCCCUGGAGAGACCCUUCCUGACCCGCUCGACCCCACCUGCUCCAUCUGCACCUGCCAGGAGGGCUCCAUGCACUGCCGGAAGAAGCCAUGUGCUCCUGCUCUGUGCCCCCGGCCCUCCCCGGGGCCUUGCUUCUGCCCUGUUUGCCACAGCUGCCUCUCUCAGGGCCGGGAGCACCAGGACGGGGAGGAGUUUGAGGGGCCCACAGGCCCCUGUGAGCGAUGUCGCUGUCAGGCUGGCCAGGUCAGCUGUGAGUGGCUGCAGUGCCCACCUCUGCACUGCCCACUCCAGGUCACAAAGCCGGGGAGCUGCUGCCCUCGCUGCAGAGGCUGCCUGGUUCAUGGGGAGGAGCACCCUGAAGGCAGUAGCUGGGAGCCCCCCGACAGCCCCUGUUCCUCCUGCAUGUGUCACGAGGGUGUCGUCACCUGUGCCCGCGUCCAGUGUGUCACCUCCUGUGCCCAGCCUCACCUGGGGCCCCGUGACUGCUGCCUUCGAUGCUCUGCCUGUGAGCACGAGGGCCGGAAGUAUGAGCCUGGCGCAGAGCCCUGUGAAGUGUGCACCUGUGAGCUGCAGCCUGAGGGAACUCCCAGCCUUCGCUGUCACCGGCGGCAGUGUCCCAGCCUGGUGGGCUGUCCCGCCAGCCAGCUCCUGCCCCCCGGGCCCCAGCACUGCUGCCCCACCUGUGCCCAGCCGCUGAGUCCCUGCACGGAGCACCUGCGGGGGUCUAAGGUGGCCCCGCCAGACCCCUGCUACACCUGCCAGUGCCAGGACCUGACUUGGCUCUGCGUUCACCGGGCCUGUCCUGAGCCCAGCUGUCCCCUGUCGGAGCGCCAUACCCCCCCUGGGAGCUGCUGCCCCGUGUGCCAGGAAUGUGUGGUGGGAGCUGAGGGCCGGAGAGUGACAGACGGAGAGAGCUGGCGGGACCCCAGCAACGCCUGUAUCACUUGCACCUGCCGUCGGGGCCACGUGGAGUGCCGCCUGGAAGAGUGCCAGGCCCUCUCCUGCCCCCACGGCUGGGCGAAGGUGCGGGAGGCUGGCAGGUGCUGUGAGAGAUGCCAAGCCCCCGUCCAGUCGUGCGCGCACCAGGGCCGGCAGGUGGCCUCCGGGGAGCGCUGGGCCGUGGACGCCUGCACCAGCUGCUCCUGCGUAGCCGGCGCCGUGAGCUGCCAGAGCCAGCGCUGCCCGCCGCUCUCCUGCGGGCCCGACGAGGCCCCCGCCCUGAGUCCCAGCAGCUGCUGCCCCCGCUGCCUGACCCGGCCCGCUUCCUGCAUGGCCUUCGGAGACCCUCAUUACCGCACCUUCGACGGCCGCCUGCUGCACUUCCAGGGCAGCUGCAGCUACGUGCUGGCCAAGGACUGCCGUGGAGGGGACUUUAGCGUGCACGUGACCAACCAUGACCGGGGCCGGAGCGGCGUGUCCUGGACCCACGAGGUGGCUGUGCUGCUGGGAGACGUGGUCGUGCGGCUGCUGCAGGGCGGGGAGGUCACGGUGGACGGGCGCCCCGUCGCCUUGCCCUUCUUGCAGGAGCCUCUGCUGUAUGUGGAGCUGCGGGGACGCACGGUGAUGCUACACGCCCAGCCGGGGCUCCAGGUGCUGUGGGAUGGGCAGUCCCAGGUGGAGGUGAGAGUGCCUGGCUCCUACCGGGGCCAGAUUUGUGGGCUCUGUGGCAACUUCAAUGGCUUUGCCCAGGAUGAUCUGCGGGGCCCCGAGGGGCUGCUCCUGUCCACUGAGGUUGCGUUUGGGAAUAGCUGGCAGGUCCCAGAGGGGCCAGGACCUGGUCGGCCCUGUUCCAAGGGCCGUGAGGUGGAUCCAUGCCGGGUAGCAGGGUACCGUGCCAAGCGUGAGGCCAACGCCCGGUGCGGGGUGCUGAAGUCCUCCCCGUUCAGUCGCUGCCAUGCUGUGGUGCCACCAGAGCCCUUCUUUGCCGCCUGCGUGUAUGACCUCUGUGCUUGUGGUCCUGGCUCCUUGGCUGACACCUGCCUCUGUGACGCCCUGGAAGCCUAUGCCAGCCACUGUCGCCAAGCAGGGGUGACUCCUGCCUGGCGGGGCCCCACGCUCUGCGUGGUGGGCUGCCUCCUGGACCGUGGCUUCGUGUUUGAUGAGUGUGGCCCACCCUGUCCCCGCACCUGCUUCAACCAGCAUGUCCCCCUGGGGGAGCUGGCGGCCCACUGCGUACGGCCCUGUGUUCCCGCCUGCCGGUGCCCCGCAGGCCUGGUGGAGCACGAGGCCCACUGUAUCUCACCCGAGGCCUGCCCCCCAGUCCUACUCACUGGGGACCAGCCACCCAGCACUCUGCCCAACCCCAGCUGGAAGCCCCAGGGGCCACCUUGAGCGAGGACGACACCGACCAGGAUUCAUCAGGCUAGAAGUCUCCCCUCGGAGAGAAGCUCCCACACUGCCCGGGCAUCGGGAGCCUGGGUCUGGGCCCCGCAAAGACCCCAGCUGUGUGGAGUCAGAAGCAGUAAACUCGGGGACUGCCCUAAGGUUUCUCUGUGUGUAUGUGUGCUGCCUCUGGGUGCUGCGCUGGUGGUGU